UUUACCCCAAUUGUUCAAAUUAGAAAACUCCAUACUUAAAAUUAUAUCAUUUACAAAAAUAUUUUUAUAGUGCGUAAAACUCUAACCCCCAUACUUAACUUAUUUACAAAAAUAUGAUACUCAACACUCAUCCUUCAUUCUCAUAUGAAUCGUACCCAACCUUUUUAGUGUUAAUAAUCUUAAUAUCUACCCUUUAUGAAAACAUUAAAGUUUUCUUUUUUAAAAAAAAUCUUUUUAAAAGUUUUACUCCUAAUUAAUAGUACGUUAAAAUUUGAAAAUAAUUCUCACUAUGCCUUAAGAAUAGGAAAAAAAUGUGAUCCUAAUUUCCUCCUUAAUUAACUCAUCCUCCAAUAAUUCUCAUUCCUCCGUUUCAACACUUGAAAUUUCCUCCCCCUCACUAACACAAUCCAUAACAUUUCUCGACCAAAUAAACCAUACCACAUCAAAAGCCAAAAAUAUGUCAACCUCCCCCAACUCUCAUCCUACCUCCCCUUCCUCCACCACAUCCUCCCCAACACACCCUCCACCCAUCUCCAUUUCCACCACCACGACCGUCACACUAACCGCAGCUUCCACCUCUUCCCCAACUAAGGUGCAAGCCGCCCUCGACUCCUUAACCACAAUCCUCCCUACCCCUCUCUCCUCCCUCUCCUCCACCACCAUCAUUUCCCCUUCACCCCCCGCCUUCGUCCUCUUGACUUCCCCCGAAAUCACCUCCCAAAUCUCCUCCUUACUCCGCCACCCUUUCUCAGGGUCCGGUGACAACCACCUUUGUCGUUGGCUCUACGACACAUUCCACUCCUUUGACCCUUCCGUCCAACUCAUUGUCUUACGCUUUGUCCCUCUUAUAUCCGGCCUUUACCUCACCCGCAUCAAUCGUCGUCCACGCCAACCCUUAGCCGGUUUCGAGGCCAUCCUCCUAGCCCUUUACGCACACGAAACCACCACUCGAAACAACCACCCCAUUACCGUAACAAUCCCUGACCUCUCCCACCCUAGCAUCUACCACGAAAGCUCCUCCCCUCAAUGCAACAACUCCACUGACCUCAACAUUGCCGUUAUCUCAUCCUCCCUCGAACCCCACGGCACCAUACGAUCCACUCGUAGGGCAAGGAUCGUAGGUGUCGCGCUAGAGUUAUUUUUCAGCAAGAUUUGUGUCAUGCCUACCGAGUCUAAGCUCGAUUUUUGCGAGUUCUUAUGCCAAUGGGCCGGAUCACAUAACAGCAACGACGACAACAACAACGACAAUGACAACGACAACAACGAAAACCAAAGUGACGACGACAAAGACGGACAAGGGAGGAUAUUGCUACCGUGGGAGUUUUUAGGGCCAUGUCUUAGAAUACUAGGACAUUGUUUGUUAGGAAAAGAAAAGGAAGAAGAGUUAUUGUUAAGUGAAAAAGGAUAUAGGGCUUGUAAAAGCUUGUAUAAUAGGGUUAUGCAUGAUGUUAAUCCUAAAGCAAUUUUGGUUGUUGGUAGUUUGUUAAGACUUGUUAAUAUGGAGAAAGAGUUAGAUGAGGUUGAUUAUACUGAGAUUCAUAGCACUAGGGUUAUUUCCAUUUGAUUUGUACUAUUACUUUGUAGUUUUAUUAUAUCUUUAUGAUGAUGUUUCGGUUUUAUUUUUAUAUAUUUAAUGUAAUUCAAUA